AUAAUAAAAGGUCAUCCACUAACACUAGUCAAAAUUUUUGGCAACAAGGCAGUGCCAACAAAUGCAAAAGCAGUGAUAGAUAAUUUUGUUAAAAAACAAGAAGAUGACAAUUCAGAAUGUGGAAUUGGUCAAAGCGCUGAUGACAUCAUUGUUGCAGGAGAUCGGACAUUGAUAGAUUGGGAUCAAAUUAGAGAGGAAGGUUCAAAAUGGCAAAAGAAAAAAUGGGCAGGAAGGAAAAUUUUAAUAUAA